ACCCUACCCUUGUUUGUGGGCAGCCUGGUGUUUCAAAAGUCUCAAGUAAACAUGUGUGUGCAUGUUGUUUUGCAAGAUGUGUUUUUACGCAUUAAAUAGUUUAGAAAAGGCCAAGUUUCUAUUAAAGCCGGGUGGCAGGUCUCUGGAUUAAUGAAUCCUGUGAGUACUUCAAAGAAUAUCUGUGCAUCAAAAUUGUGGCCAGAACAAAACUGGGGAGGGAAGCUAGAGAAUUUCCCUUUAUAUAUGAAAAGGCAAGUUCAAAGUUAAAAAGUUAACUGCCUAGAAAAGCACUCAGAAAAACGUGUGAUUUCUCUGCCUUCAGAGGUCACAGGAUACACCUUCAGAGGCUUUGUGAUUUCAUCCAGUUCCCACGUCACCUCCAGAGCUGUUCUCAGAUGAUUAACAGUCAUAGCUAAUAUUUACUAAGUGCUUGUCCUUGACGUCGAGUGACUGGUGCUGAGUAGACACCGGUCUCCUCCCUUCCUUCCUGCCAGCUUUGAGGAGAAUAACAGUGGAGACCACCAAAGCUUCCCAGACUGGAGUGGUAUUUUUAAAAUACCAGAGAAGUAAGGCCACAAUUAGAGCAAAGGGGAAGACUAAACGUUUAACGUGGGGAGGGCGUGUCUAUCGUGGGAGAGGAGACGUUCUGAUCAUCCGGGGAGGGUUCUAAGAGCUAUUCUGGAAGUAUCCACUUCAUCUUAUUGGCCUUCUGCCAGCAGCUACAGAGCACAUGAAAUCAUUCCUGAAGUCUGUUCUCAGCUGAUGAGUCCUUUCUGCUGGUGGAGCCAAGUUGCCCUGAAGAUCAUGAACUUGUCUUCUGACCACUGCAACAUAUCGGAUUGGCUGAGGCUGGAAGCAACGGUGAAGGCCUCUGUGUAUGUGGUGGCCUUCUUCUUUGCCACAUUCGUCACCGUCGUCAUCAUCACAAUAGUGUUACAGAAUUCGACGCUGAGGAGAGAGGUCCGACACAUCCUCCUGUGCCACCAUCUGCUAUGCAUCUCCUCCUACUGUGGCCUCGGGGUGGUUUUCCAAGGGAUGCGGGCUCUGCUGGCCAACAGCCCCGUGCUGGUGUGCUGGGUGGUAUUUGGGGUCCAGCUAAGUGUUGGAGAAGGGAUCCUCUUUACGCUGGCCUUGAUGGCGGUCAACACUUACCUGGCUGUUUGCUGGCCUUUGAAAUCUCUGUCCUUUGUAGAUUCAGUUAAGUACAGGAUCCUGGCUGCGUCUUGGAUAAUCAUUAUAUUCAAGAAUGUUUGCUUAUUCCUCAUAGAAAGCGCUAACCCCCCUCGAGUUGCUGUUUUAAAAUCUGAACCCCUGUGCCCUGUGAUCUUGAAUGGCCCUCCUGCCAGAGCCGUUGGCAUGGUUUUCCUUUUCUUUCUUCUGUCCAUCAUUCUUACAAGUUACUUUCUGAUCUACCGAGAAGGCAAACGGGCUGGCCAUUUUAAUAGAUCAAAUAUCAAAGCAAAAAAAACAGUCCUUAUUCAUUUAGUGCAGAUGAGUUUGCAUGUAAUACCAAUCCUGAUAUUCAUAGGUUUGGGAAAGAUGUGUGGGGUGUUUUUCUUUGCUUUAAACCUGGUACUUUUUGGAGUCUUUGCAUUUGCACAGUGUCUUAACCCCCUGAUCUAUGGGCUCUGGAACAGAGAGCUGCAAAGCGGAUUAUACCACUGGAUGUGCUGUCAGCUGUGGUGUGGUCACAUUAUGAACGACAGAGAGCCAGUUUAAUCUGGAACUCAGCCACUCGGAACCAAUGACUCUAGCCCUAGCGGACCAUCGGCCAGGCUUGAGGACUUGCCUUUUAUGCAACCUAACAUUGGUGCCUUGGUUUGAUUCUGGAAGCGAUGGGAGUAAGUCAGAGCUGUUCAUCUGGCUUGCAAACUUCGUUGCUGUGUGCGCUGAACUGGCCUCACGGAAAUCGUUUUAUAUCUUUAAUUCUAAACCCAGAUCAACAUUUUUGGCGGCAUGCCCUACUGCGUUUCAGUAGUCAGGCAGCUUUUGAGAACGCACUUGUUUUUAGAAAUGGAGAAAUAGUGCAUGGGUGAUAGGAAGAGAAGUUUGGCUGUUCCUCUUCUAUUAAUUAGGGAUAGGCUUCGCUGCAUGUAGUAACAAAGCAGAAACCAAAUAACAGUGAUUUUGUAAAGUUUGAGAUUUUUUUUUCUGAUGUAAAAGAAAUCUGGAGGUAGACAAUGCAGUCUUUUAUCACAGCUCUGCAAGCAACAGGUUCGUUCUGUUCUACUCUGACAUGCUUAUGCUACCUCAUGGCCCAAAAUGGCUGCUAACGUUCCUGUCAUCAUGUUCAUGCUCCAGCCAACAGGAAGGAGUAAGGGGCAAAGGAAGGUCUAUACUCUCUUUUUUUUU